ACAGCCCUCCGCCGCACACAGAGUUGUCCCCAGCCCCCCCUUGGCUGUGCAUAGUCACGUGUCAGCCAGGACCCCGCCGGUUGGUCAGCCCCGGCAGUGACGUGUUGUCCCUGGCGCUCAGCUAGUGACUGAGGAGAGCUCGGUGGUCGCGGAGCAGUGUCCUGUAGAAUUGCCGGUGUGUGAGCUCGGAGGCUUUAGAUUACCCAUCUGCACAGAGCUCGGUCAUGGAGGCCCAGGAUCACGGCAGUUACUACAACCUGCAGCCAGCCCAGGCAUUCUAUGCCUAUCCGUUCCAUCAAAUGAUGAAUGCUCCAUCGAAUUUGGAACUGGGCAAUGAACAGAGGACGCUGCACACCCUUACUGGAGUCCCAACCCAUGAGCUCCAGUCUUAUUCUGGUAUGCCAGCUAAUGAGCCACAGGUUCUGCACACACUGACAGGUGUGCCACCUAUCGAACCCAUUAAUAUGCACGUGUCAAUGGGGGUUCCAGACAUUGCUCAGGAAAAUCUGCAAGAAGAACCUACCAAAGGAAAAAGAAAGAGAGGCAGAGCUCAAGGUGAACCCAAACCUAAGAAGUCAGCUGAAAAGGCCCCUAAGGCACCUAAAACCCCUAAAGCCCCUAAAUCAGGAAAGCAAGAGAAGAUCACAGACACUUUCAAGGUGAAGAGGAAAGUGGAUAGAUUCAACGGUGUCUCUGAAGCGGAGAUCCUAACUAAAACCUUGCCAGAUAUCCUAACAUUUAACUUGGACAUAGUUAUAAUCGGAAUCAACCCAGGUCUUAUGGCAGCACAUAAAGGUCACCACUACCCAGGCCCUGGAAACCACUUCUGGAAGUGCCUUUUCCUAUCAGGGCUCAGCGAUAAGCAGCUGAACCACUUAGAUGAUCUCGUACUUCCUGAGAAGUAUGGCAUUGGCUUCACUAACAUGGUGGAGAGAACUACUCCAGGGAGCAAGGACCUCUCCAGUAAAGAGUUCCGUGAAGGAGGAAGAAUCCUGGUACAAAAGCUGCAGAAAUACAAACCACGUAUAGCUGUCUUUAAUGGAAAAUGUAUAUAUGAAAUUUUUAGCAAAGAAAUUUUUGGUGUCAAGAUUAAAAAGUUUGAAUUUGGAAUCCAACCACACCGAGUUCCAGAGACAGACACAAUUUGUUAUGUCAUGCCUUCGUCAAGUGCCCGCUGUGCACAGUUUCCUCGAGCUCAAGACAAGGUUCAUCACUAUAUCAAAUUAAAAGAUUUGAGAGACCAACUGAAGGGUAUUGAGAAUGCCAGGGAAAUUCAAGAGGUGCAAUACUCGUUCGACUUGCAUUUGGCUCAAGCGGAUGCUAAGAGGCAGGCUGUCAAGGAGGAGAAGUAUGAUCCUGGGUAUGAUGCUGCAGCUUUUGGGAAUGUCGCGGAAGAGACACCUAAUGCAGAGGGUGGAACCAGUGACUUGCCAGACCCUACAGCACCCUGUAACCCGGAGUUAGCUGGACAUUCUCAGAAUGGACAAUGGAUGCCUCCGCCCUUUCCUGAACAUAUGCCUCCAUUUAGUCAGAGUGAAGGCCAGCAGCAAGAAAACAGCAGCGUUUGAGGACCUCCUGCAUUCCACACUAUGCAAGCAUACUGCAGUUUUAUUGCAGUGACAAGGAACUGAACCUCAGUUGAAGAACUGAUGCCUUUUUUGUUCUCAUUUUACCUCUGAUCUUAAUCCUAGUGUAAGCAUUACUAGUAGCUAUUACCUUUUAAAGUAGGUAGUUAUAUUGAAAAAUUUGAACUUUUCUAGACCACUUAGAGUGUAGUCUUUUUUUUUUUUUUUUUUUCGUCUUUUUUUUAAAAUCUCAUGUUUGAUGUCCAUUGCAGUUAUUCACAAACUGCAGCUUCUUCUUUUGGGGCAAAUGUUUUCUGUUCCAGCUGCCUUUAUAUACACGUUCAUUUAAAGGUGGUUCUGUAAAUGUUGGACAUACUUUAUUUUUUAAAAUGAGGAGGAUGGUGGUUGUUUCUUGCUUUUGUGGAUGAAAGGCUUGGCCCAUUACAAAUGAGCUCUGUCUACCGAAGCAUGUGCCAGGUAUGUGUUGUGUGUUUUUUGUUUUCUUAUGAUACUUUUUAUCAGAGGUUUGUAUACUAUACAGUAGCUGGACUCCAAUUUAGCUACAUUUUUAACCUCAUACUUUGAUAUGAAAUGAUAGAAACUGUUCCAUGGCUGAAAUAACAUGAUCAUGUCAACUUCUUAUUUAUUAUCUUACAAUAUUUCUAUACUUAAAGAAUCAACAGAAUUAAAUCCAUUGACAAGGAUAGAAUUAUUUAUUUUUGCUGUGUGUGAAUGCAGUGUGACUGAUAUUCUCAAAUUUUAGAUCUGUUCCAAUGAUGUCACAAAUUCCAGUUUUUGUACCAAUCGUUUUCUUUUGUAAAUUUGAGAUCACAGGUUUUUAGAUAAGUACUCUUUUAUAUGUUUUAGCACAUAGGGGAGGAGGUAUAUGGCUUAUGUUAAAGGGAACCUGUCACCAUGAAAUACAGUGCAGUCUGCUGGCAGCAUGUUAUAGAGCAGGAGGAGCUGAGCAGACUAUAGUUUUAUGGGAAAAGAUUCAGUAUAACUUGUAUAGUAUAACAUUUAAACCUGUGCUAUUUCUGAAUUCAGUUGUACACUGGGGCCAUGCUGUCAGUGACUGACUGUAUUCUCUGCAGAGAUUUAAAUGCAAAUUACCAUAUUUUUCGCUUUAUAAGACGCACUUUUCCCCC